AGUCGAAUGGUGACCCAACCAUCGACUGUCUUCAUGAAUAUCUUAACUGCACGACUGCCAUUUCGCCCUCCGCUCCAUCUGUGAAUAACCCAAAUUCCGAAGAGCCUGCCAAGUGCAGCGCCUAUACCUUGGCUACGCGCCCUACUACAUCAUGUUUACCACGAAACCGGUUAGCUCUCUCCGACGCCUUUUUGCUGGAUAUCAUGAACCGGCAGGGCUGUCCAAACAGCAGUCGCAAAAGUUGCUGGAUGGGCUGAAGACAUCGUUCCGAAACCAACUCGACCAAGAAUACGGCGAAUCGGCAACUGUGUCAAAGCAACCACUCUCCCAAACCUCUUCCGAUGCUGCCGCCGUCAACAGACAUUCCGCCACAAGUCAACAUCUCAAGUCCAUCCUGACAAAUCCGCUAUUCAGCUAUAACAAGACGCAAAUCAUUCCACCAAUUGCCGCAACUGCUUUCUCAGUUCCAAAAAGAGCCCCCAUGGAAGUUUUCGAUCAUGCGGUUGCCAGAGGACUGAUGAAUCUGAAGGCUGCUACGGGAUGUUUGAUGGCUGAACAAAAGGAUCGCUUGAGCGCCCAAACAUCAUCAACACUUGUUUCACCAUCAGACGUGGCUGUUAAAGUAGUCAGGUGGCUACGUGCUUCUGGACUAGAGAACGACCUAGCAUUCCUUGAUAACCAACAAUUUGUCCGAUCACUUACGCCGUUUCUGGUCGCGGAACAGAUGGACCAUAUUGCCUGGGAAUGGGUAUCGAAAGCAAUGGAAGGCGCCUCAGCCAAUAGCAACGACGACAUUGGUCUGCGACGGGCUUCAUUCCUUCUUGCACAGCUGGUUCAUGUCAAGAGCCAGCCUCAGUAUGGCAACCUCGAUGCUGCCAUAUCUGUCAUCCUCCAAGCAGAGCAGCUUCUCGCAAACAGUCCCCUGUUGGCAAAACUCUUAGUGCUGCCAUGGCGAUCAGUUUCAUGGCUCUCUACUGUAGAAUCCUACAGCAGGACCACGCCUUCAGAGGAGCUCUUUGAUGCACAUCUAGAGACGGCUAGUCGCCUCUCACAGCCAUGCGUACUAGAAAUGUCCCACCUGCACCUUUAUCACCCUACUCGACCCGAUCAUACACCCGCUCUUGCAUUCUUUCAAGAUAAGAAGCGGAUCAGAAGACUUGUUCAGAACCUCGACAUGGAAAAAGUCAGCUUGGCAAGUCUCAAGGGCAUGAGCCGCUUGCGCUGGGUGACGUAUCUGGGCCGUGACACUGUGACCUAUCUGACACAAUCCGGCAGAAACCAGGACGCCCAAUCCCUUACUGAGCUGCUCCAAACUGAGCUUUCUGAGCUCUUUGUCGAUCAAAACAUGCGCCCAACAUGAGCCACCAUCUCCGCUAUAUCUCAACUUUGUGUCGCAUAUAAUACGCACACAGACAUCUAUGAUACCCAUUAGCAGUCUACCCAAGUGCUGGGAGCUUUUGCUACUAUUGUACAUUAACAUCAUACUUUACUCAAAAUUUAUACUCUGGCGGAU